AUCCUUCUUGGUCUGGUCUCGAUGGGAGAUGUCCAGGAAUUUUGGGAGGAGAUCCAACAGAUCUGGCGGUCUCUGGAACCAGCUCCAUAUCCCCCCAGCUCCUUUGGCAGUGCAAGCUUUGUGAGUGUGCUGAGCUCUGAAGCAUGCAGGCAGGAUCGUUUUGCCCAGAACAGUUGUGGACGCCCCAUCCCCGCAUCCCCGGAGGCAUUCAAAGCCAGGCUGGAUUGUGGCUCUGGGCAGCCUGGUCUGGUGGCUGGUGAUCCUUCCUAUGGCAGGAGGGUUGAAACUAGAUGAUCUUUGAGGUCCUUUUCAACCCAGGCCAUGACUAUUGAAUCUCUUUAGAAGCAUAUUUCCCCCCAGAUCCCUCCCCAGACCUGUUCUGAGUGUGACAGCCACCCCUCAAGGGCAUCUUCACCUCUACUUCCGACUUCCCUGAAUACGAGGCUUUUUCCACCUACCUAUCAGAGAUAGCUGCUUCUGAACAAUGAAUUAGCUCAUCAUUGCACAAGGGUAAUUAGUUUGUAAUUUAAAGUUACCACAAUACACCUAGAUCUGUGGACACAGUGGUUUGGCUGAAAUGCUCCGCCAACAUGGAGAGGUGCAGAAGAUGCUUAGUGGGCAUAGUGUGAUGGGCUGCUGGUUGGACUCAGUGAUCUUUUAGGUCUUUAUGAUUCUGUGCUGCUGCUGCUGCUUGCCUGAGAUGCUCCAGUGAGCAGGAAUUGCCACCCCACAUCCCACUGGGCUCUUUGGAAUACCCAGCUUAGUCAGAACCCUCUUGGGACGAAGAUUGCUGGUAAAUCGUAUGUCCCCUUUGAUCAAAAUGUGCUCCUCCCAUGUUUUUACCCCUCAAAGGCUGGGUCUGAUCCUGUCUGCUGCUUCCCUCUCCCGGGGAGGUUUUCUGCCUCAGCUCCCCACUUUGACCCCACAGCUACCUGGAGCCCUGACCCCACUGGUGACAAUAAGGGUCCCUGUGGAUGGAGCAGGGCUGAGAGAUGCCCCCAGGAGACAGGGGCUCUUCUCCACUUGCCUCAGGCUUCGCGCACAUUCCCACACUUACUAAUUCUUUUUCCUUCCACAAAGAGACCAGAAAGCCCUAAAAUGUACCCCAAAACCCUUUUCCAGCUGUCCCUAUCCAUAAACAGGGGAAGCAGCGAGGCAGGACCUUCAGAUCACUUCUCACUACAGAGCCUUGCCUCUUUUUCUUUUUUUCCCCCUGCUCUCUACCCAAGGAGCUUUUGCCAAAAUGCGUUUUCCACAUGUUCCCUAUUAGUCAUGCUCUCUGUCUUACAAAUCUGUUACCAGCACCGCUAGCCGAUGCUAUUAAUUUACUUCCAGUCCGCUCAAGAGCUCGGCAGCAAAAUUCCAGGCACCGUUCCUAAAACCAGAGCCGGCGGUUUGUUUGGAUUUAAAAACCGAUGCCUCCUUCCUGCCCGGUAUAUAUAGCACCUUCUCCCAAAGCUUGGGGACACCCGGCGAGGAGAGGGGCUGGGGUGGGAGCUGGGCUGCCCCAGAGGCGGGGUCUGCAGAGCCUUAAAUCCUGCCCCAGGGCUCGGCGUCCCAGCGGAGCAUGGCGUGAGCACGGCGGGACUUUAUCUAGGGCAAGGCGCAGGAAUGCUGGUGGAGGAGGGCAAGCAGCACCAUGUCUCCGUUAUAACUGAGUAGCCCUUAUGACCAACAUGAGCUGGAGCUUUCUCACCCGCCUGCUAGAAGAGAUCCACAACCACUCCACCUUCGUGGGGAAGGUUUGGCUCACCGUGCUCAUCGUCUUCCGCAUCGUCCUGACGGCGGUCGGUGGAGAAUCCAUCUACUCUGAUGAGCAAAGCAAGUUCACUUGCAACACCAAGCAGCCCGGCUGUGACAACGUCUGUUACGAUGCCUUCGCCCCGCUGUCACACGUUCGGUUUUGGGUCUUCCAGAUCAUCAUGAUAUCCACACCUUCAGUCAUGUACCUGGGCUACGCCAUCCACCGGAUCGCCCGGUCAGCGGAGGAGGAGAAGAAGUUCAAGGGCUUCAAGAAGAAGAAGCAGUUUGCUUUGAACUGGCAGGCGGUGCGCAACAUGGAGGACGCGAUGGAGGCGGAUGAAGAGGAGCCCAUGAUCUCCGACGACGCAGCAGAAAAUGAGAAAGCCAAAGCCAAGCCCAAGAGCAAAGAGCAGCAAAAGCACGAUGGGAGGAGGCGAAUCCAGCAGGAAGGACUGAUGAAAAUCUACGUCUUCCAGCUGCUUACCAGAGCUUCGUUUGAAGUUUGUUUUUUGAUAGGGCAGUAUUUGCUCUACGGUUUUGAGGUAGAAGCUUAUUUUGUCUGCAACAGACUGCCUUGUCCUCACACGGUGGACUGCUUUGUGUCCCGGCCAACUGAGAAGACAAUCUUUUUGCUGGUGAUGUACGUGGUGAGCUGUCUGUGCUUGCUGCUGAACAUGUGUGAGAUGUUCCAUCUGGGCUUCGGGACCAUCCGAGAUGCCAUCCGCAACCGGAAAAUCAACAGCUUCAGGCAGCCCCCCUACAACUACGCCUACCCCAAGAACAUCUCCUGCCCCCCCGAGUACAACCUGGUGGUGAAAUCGGAGAAGUCCACCAAGAUCCCCAACAGCCUGAUGGCUCACGAGCAGAACCUGGCUAACGUUGCGCAGGAGCAGCAGUGCACCAGCCCGGAUGAGAACAUCCCAGUGGACUUGUCCACCCUCCACAAACACCUGCGAGUGGCCCAGGAGCAGCUGGACAUAGCGUUUCAGAGCUAUGGCAGCAGCCAGGGCAACGCGCAGCCCUCCCGGACCAGCAGCCCUGCCUCGGGUGGCACGGUGGUAGAGCAAAAUAGGGCCAACACGGCCCAGGAGAAGCAAAGCGCUAAGCCCAAGGCGUCCUUGGAGAAAGGCAGCUCCAGCAGUAAGGAUGGAAAGACGUCUGUGUGGAUAUAGCCUGUCUGCCAGCAGAGAGGGCAGCGUUAAGUGGGGUUUUAUUUGGGGUUCUGUUUUUCAGUAUGUCUCGAGUUUAUUUCACAGGGCACAGAUGCAUUUUUUCUGUGGAAGUCAAGAGAGAAAAGGAAUUUCAGACCAAUUUAGUACUGUCUUCCGGUGCAUUAACAAAAGACAUUUCCUUCCUCUUUCCAACACGUCCUCCAGCCGGGAACCUCCAGUGAGCGACAGCGACCGCUGCAUCCCGCCGAGGCUGGACAGCCUGCUGUGAUGGAAGCAGGGAGCAGCUCCCACACACAGUGCUGCAGUCAGACGGCCUUUAAUUACUAAAUAUCCUUAAUCAAAAUUAAUUUCCGAUCCCUUGAUUAGAAAGGAAAGUGACUGAUACGUCGAUGAACUUUCACGGCACGCUCCCAGCUAACGUCUCACCGGAAUUUUUCAGUGCACAGCAGGCAGCACUGGAAGCGAAGGCAGCAGAGGUGCAUGCAUAGCACAGCACUGAUGGAUUUCAUCUUUCAUUGUGUGCUGAAACAAAAAGCAAACACGGCCAAACACUCCGCAGUGUGAGUUGGCAGUGACACUGCUGCUCGUACUGGUGCCUGCGUAGCGCUUGCUACAGAUGGAAUCACUGCAGUUACAGUGUUUUUAACAAACUGCUGCUUCACAUCAUCAGAAAGUGCCUUUUUGCAACCAGGAAAACAAAGUCAUAAAGGGUGUCGACUUCUUCACGUGCUAAAUUUGAGUAAAGAUGGGAAGAUCAGUGUUGGCAGGUUUGUUUUUCUGUUUAAUCGAACUGUUAUACAUAGUGGCAGACAGCAGACCUAUGCAUAGCGCGUAUACGAUGCGUGUGUGUGCACAUGUCAGCAUAUAUAUGGACACAUGAACAUGUGUGUGUGCAUAUAGAUACAUAGAGAUAUAUAUAUAAAUGUGAUAUCAACCCUCUGGUAAUUUUACAGCCUUCCACUUUCCCUGGGAAAUCUUGUUGGAUCCAGAAGGAGUGUCAGUGGGAAACGGGCAGGUUUCCAUACACUUGCUAGGCGGCUCAGCAGAAGACCUGGUGGACAGGACCCAGGGCAGCAGCAAGAAGUUUGCCUCUGUUUUAUGGAGAGAUUUUGUUGCCUUUGCUUGGUUUUAAGGCAGUCUCCUUGCAGUUGCAGGAGCUCCAAGGCUCCUGCUGGUGCUGGAUGUGCUUUGGUGGGUGAUUUCAUCCUGGAGCUGAGGCGUUCUUGAGAUGCCUGUGGUGAUUCACCACCAUGGAGGCAAAGUAGGCAGAGCCUUCCAGAUCACACUUUACAAGGAAGAAUUAAAUCCUUACAGAAUACAGCAUCAUUCCUGUGCUGAGCUGCUCCCUUACAGCCACGCCAGCAUACAAGCCCUCAUGUCACUAUUCCUUUCAUGUUACUUCUUGAUGGGCUCUUACUCAUGACCCUGAGAUCAGUCUCUGAAGCCUUGAGGGCAUCUGCUCUCCCCAGCCAGCACGAAAGCUGUGCAAUGCCCCUGGAGAACAGUGCUGGUAGCAAACAGUAGGUUUUAAAAGGUGCAAAGAAAUGUUCUCUGAGGUAUCCAACUGCAAACAUUCGGUAUGGCUUUGAGUAACAGUCUGGAGACAGCUCCAGGCUUGUUCCCGAUCCUGCAGGAGGCACUGCCUGGAGCGCUGCCUGCUCUUGCUGCUGGAGUUGUUCUCUUUGGAUACAGGCAGCUGCAUCCCACAGGAGGCUCAGUGCAUCGUGCAGCAGCACUGGUCUGCAGCAGCACACACACAUCGCGUGCAGGGAUGUUUUGUAAUGUGAAUUUUCCAUCAGAGGCUCAGAACUAUGAGGUUCUGAGCACGGUUCAUCAGAGGUUCACAGCACAGUGGUAGGACAAACAUAUCUGCCCACGCUGAUCCUUGGCCUACAUAUGGGCACCCACCCACUCGGGCAACGCAGGGAGACUGGGUGCUGCUGGCAGUGCUAUCAUGAAGGUACAGACAGCCCAGGGCUUAUUCCCCUGAAGAUUUGGGGUGUUUGAAGACUGUCUUAUCUCUGUUAGCUCUGCUGUAAGCCAAGCAACCCUACUUUCACCAGCCUGUCAUUUCCGUGCCAUGGAUCCAGCACGCCAAGAGGGAUGAUCAGGCAGUCCUGCAGCAGAUUUGCAGCCUCCUCCAGGCUGGUGUCACCAGCACAUUUAAUACGCACACGCUGUUUUCCAUAGUGGGAGUCAAUAAUUGCAGUAUUGAUGAGCACUGGAGCUGGGGCAGACACUUGGGUGUUCGAUACCAGCUCCUCAUCAGGCAGGGUAACUGCUCACUCUGCCGUCCUCCCAGCCAGCCCUGCUCAUCUGUAGGGCUUGAAAACUUCCUUGUAUAAAAUGCUUUGCAAAUGAGGGCUGAUCUCACUUUCCCAUUUUUUUUUUUCUUCUUUUUCCAAGCUUUUUGACAGGGAUUGAAGCAAAAGGGCACGCUGCUGGCAGGACUGCUUAAUGCCAGGAUCUUGUGGUGGGCUGCCAAGCUCCCAUACGCUCCUCCAUACCAAGAAGGAGCCGCCCCUGUUCCUCCAGCCACCAGCAUGAGUCAGAUAGCCCUAUAAAUAUGGAGGCUUAUUAUUAUAAUUAGAUAUACCGAAUUGCUCACUUCCCCCUUUCCUCCACUGCUUGCCCUCUGGAGCUCUUAGGAUGUUGUGUGCUCCACUGAGUCACCUCCACCACCAAGGCACCGACGUCUCCGCAGCAGUGACCCCUUCCAGAGCAGGAAGGGAAAUCCCGUCUUUACUGUGUCUGUUAGGGCAGGAAAAGGAUAGGAAGGCAAAAUAUGUGUAACCACAAGCAAAAGCCCCGCCACAAACCAAACCGGCGGCUUGAGGAAUUUCAAGCAGACGACGGGCAGCAUCGGCCAUGGAAGAAAUGCCAGUAUUACAACUAAUGCUUUGCUUUCUUUUCUGCAGGUUACUCAUUUAGUUCACGCUCCAGACGGGUUUAGCUCUGUAGCUGAACUAAUCAUAAAUGUUGAUUCCCUCACUAAGCUUUGCUGGAUAAAGUGCCCGCCCUUGCGUUUCUGUUCUUACCAUUCAGGGCCAGGAAUGUCCCACGUAAAAGCCAGAUUACCUUGUUGCUUGCAUUGCAUUCCACUGGAAAAUACUUGAACUUAACUCAAGGCCAUAACCAGUCUGUGCUGUUAUGAAGUUUCUGGGAUAUUUUUUUUUUGUUCAUUUUUUAUGUACUAACUGUAUUUGUACUAGAAAAUUUUUGAGUAUGAGGUUGAAUCUCUCUAAGUAUUUCUCAGUGUAAAUGUUCCAUCUGGACUGUAGUUAGGUUAAGCAUUGGUCAAAAGAGAAUGAAACAUUAGCCCGACUCUUCAACCGGCUAUUCCACGUCCAUUACUAAUAAAACAGAAUAAAACUUACAUUUUGUUA